AUGGCCAGUACAACUCAUACAGCUAAACCGAUUACAAUUGAUCUUCGCAAAUAUAAGGAAAGAGAAAAUCGAAAAGGUGAUACACCAUUAAAUGUUCAACAUAUAUCAACAAAUUCAGGAGGUUCAAGUGGUUCAUUACCAAAACGAUAUCAAAGUGUUUUUACUGAAGGUACACCAUUAACAUCAUUUGGUCUUAAAAAUGAUGAUAAUUAUACACGUUCACAUUCUCCUCCAAAUCAUAUUCAACCACAAAUUCAUCAACGACCACUUAAACCUGUCAAAGAAUUUCUUUCGACAUAUACAACUCAAGAUCAACACAUAGAUGAUCGACGACGUUCAUCUUCUCAAACAAAUAGUUAUAUUCGUUCUCAAACAGAAGCAACUGUACAAAAUGUUAAUGUUGCUUUAACAAAAACAUUAAAUAAAUUACGUCCAGAACCAUUAAAUAAUGGUCCAACAACAAAUAUUCGUUCAAGUCCAAUAUAUUCUGGAUCAUCAUCAACUCGACCAAUGACAGCUCGUGUAACAACACAUCAAAAUACAGGUACAACAACAACAUCAUCGAAUUAUUAUUAUCAAUUAUCUUCUAAUACAAAAGGUCCAUUACCAGCUGAACUUCUAACACGACGAUCAACAAGUUCAUUUGCAACAAAUAUAUUACCUAAUAAUACAACACAUAAUAGAAUUUCAACUGGAUCUGGUCCAAUUAUAAUACAUCAAUCAACAACAGCAAUUAAAAGUGAUAUUAAAUCUAAUGAUAAUACAAAUAAUAGAAUAUCAACACCAUUACGUAUUCCAACUAAAAAUGUUGACAUUGGUUUACAUCAAUUAGAUGGAUUUAAUUUUGAUAAUGUUACUUUAGAUGAACAUAAUGAUAAAUCAAAAACAGGUAAAUAUGAAACAAAUCAACAAACAAUAACAAAAAUAACAUCUCGUAAACAAUCAUUAGCUCCACGUCCUCCAACUACUGAUAGUCAACAUCGUACAUUACCUGAAGUUAGUGUUAAUCCUCAAAUUCAAAGUACUUUACAACAAAAUACUGAUCAAUUACCAUAUUUACAUGAACCUAUUCAAAAUGUUGAAAAAUAUUCAAAUCAUCAUCAUCAUCAUCAUAUUCAAGUUGAACCAACAAAUACAAUAAAACGAAUAUCAUCUACAACAAAAUCUCAACAAAUAGUUGAUGUUCAACCAACAAUUAUUGUUCAACAUCAACGACCAACAUCAUCAACAUCAAGACCUAAUUCAGCAGCUAAUUUAAUUCAACCACCACCAUCAACAACAACAACUAAAGAUCCACUUAAUGAAGCUUAUAUUGAACGAGAUAAUAAUCGACCACAAAUAUUAACUGUUGAAACUAUUAAUAAUAAUGAUAGUACAUCAACACUUAAACAAUAUGAAAAUAAACAAGAAAGAAUUUCAAAUUUACCUAAUUCAUUAACACCACCACCAUCACCAUCAAAUAAAGAAUCAAAUCGUCUAUGGAGAAAACAACGAAAUAAAUAUUCAAUAAAACCAAAUCCAACAAAUAUAAUUAAUCGAAAAAUUUCAAAAACUAAUCGACCACCAGCUAGACUUAAAAAUUAUGAUUCAGAUUCAGAUUCAGAAACAACUGCUACUGAAACUCAAAAUCGUCGUCAUGCUCCUCUACCAAGUGAUCUUGGUAGUGAUGCUUGGUCAGAUUUAACAAGUGAAUUUAGUGAUACGAAAUUACGUAAACAUCCAAAUAUUCGUACAUCAACACCAAAUAUAACUCGAUAUAGUUCAAGUUUAAGUUCAAAAGAAGUUGGACAAAUACGAAAACAAUUAACUGAUCUUCAAAUAAUGUAUAAUGAUUUAUUAAAAUUACUUGAUAUUGAUAUUGAAUCAGUAAGAAGUAGUAUUAAAUCAAGUACUUCAUCACAAGCUGAACGUACUGGACGAAAACAUCGUUUUAGAAAAGUAAUGCCUAUUAUGUCAAUGCAUCAUUCAAAUAAUGAUAUGAAAGAAAUAAAUCAACGUUUUACAAGAGUUGAAUCAUCAAUAGUAACAUUAGCUGAAUCAAUAGCUAAAUUAUCAGCACAAAUUCAAAUGCAACGUGUUAUUAAAGAUGAUGUUUAUAAUUUACGUCAAGAAGUAGCUGAACUUCGUCAACAAGUUUAUCAUCAAUAUCCUCGACAACAAUGUUCAACACCUGCUGGUGGACGAACAUCAUCAAUGUCAACAACAUCUCAACAACAAUCACGUUUAAUAACAGCUAAUGUUCAACGUCUUGCUGCUGUUAAUAGUACUAAUCCAUUAAAUAUUUCAACAUCUUAUAUGCCAUCAACAUCAACCAUUUUACGUUCAAAUUCAAUUAUUGAUCCAAGACAAGCACGAAAAAUUGAACAAUUUUUUGGUGCUGAAGCAAUGCUUCGUUAUUUUCUUAGUUUAUUAAAUUAUGAAGAAUAUGUUUCUGUACUUGAACAAGAAAAAAUUGGUUUUUAUGAAUUACCAUAUAUAAGUGAAAGAAAAUUACAAACACUUGGUAUACCAUAUGGACCUUGUGCUAGAAUUAUUUAUGAAGCACAACAAUAUUUUAUUUCACUUUUAACACUUAAAUCCAAUGGAAUUGAUCCAUUACAAAAACGAACACCAAGUCAAACUGAUAUAGCAGAAUUUAAAGAUUUAACAAAACGAGAUGCUUUAACAAGACUUAAAAAAUCAUUAAAUAAACUUGUAUUAACAAAUCAAUCUCAAUCUCAAAAAAAUACUCAAGUAGAACUUGAUGAAUAUGAACAAUUAUUUAAUCGUUAUUUACUUGAUAAUGAUCAAUCAUCAAUUGAUUGGCAAGAUAUAUUACCACCACCCGAAGAUACAAUAAUUUCAUAUAAAAAAUUACUUGAAGUUAAUAUUGAUGAUGCAAAAGAAUUAUUAAAUAAAUUAAUUGUUGUUAAAUUAAAUGGUGGUCUUGGUACAACAAUGGGUUGUCAAGGACCAAAAAGUGUUAUUUCUGUACGAAAUGAUCUUACUUUUCUUGAUUUAACUAUUCAACAACUUGAACAAUUAAAUCGUGCUUAUGGUUGUGAUGUCCCAUUAGUUUUAAUGAAUUCAUUUAAUACACAUGAAGAAACCGAAAAAAUUCUUCAAAAAUAUAGUCAUGUUUCAGUUAAAAUUUAUACUUUUAAUCAAUCAAAAUAUCCACGUCUUGAUCGUGAAACAUUAUUACCAGUAGCAAAAAGUAUUGAAGGUUCAGAUAAUUCAUGUUGGUAUCCACCUGGUCAUGGUGAUAUAUAUCAAUCAUUUUAUCAAUCUGGUUUACUUGAUCAAUUUAUUGAACAAGGAAAAGAAUAUAUGUUUUUAAGUAAUAUUGAUAAUCUUGGAGCAACUGUUGAUUUAUAUAUUCUUAAAUAUUUAUUAAAUGAUAAAAUAAAACAUGAAUUUAUAAUGGAAGUAACUGAUAAAACACGAGCUGAUAUUAAAGGUGGAACUUUAAUUCAAUAUCAAGGAAAAUUACGUUUACUUGAAAUAGCUCAAGUACCCAAAGAAAAUGUUGAUGAAUUUAAAAGUGUUAGUAAAUUUCGAAUAUUUAAUACAAAUAAUUUAUGGGUAAAUCUUCCAGCUAUUAAACGUAUUAUUGAAGAUAAAACAUUACAAAUGGAAAUAAUUGUUAAUCAUAAAACAAUGGAUGAUGGUCUUAAUGUAAUUCAAUUAGAAACGGCUAGUGGAGCUGCUAUACAAAGUUUUGAAGGAGCACAAGGUAUUAAUGUUCCACGUCGUCGUUUUCUUCCAGUUAAAACAACAUCAGAUCUUUUAUUGGUUAUGUCAAAUUUAUUUACACUUAAUCGUGGAAAUUUAGUUAUGAAUGCUCAACGUUCAUUUCCAGCAGUACCUUUGGUUAAACUUGGAACAAGUUUUAUUAAAGUUAAAGAUUUUCUAUCUCGAUUUCAAAGUAUACCGGAUUGUCUUGAACUUGAUAGUUUAACUGUAUCUGGUGAUGUUACUUUUGGUAAAAGUGUUUCAUUACGUGGUACUGUUAUAAUAAUAGCUAAUCAUGGUGAUCGUAUUGAUAUUCCAACCGGUGCUAUACUUGAAAAUAAAAUUGUUUCUGGCAAUUUACGUAUUCUUGACCAUUAA